AUGCUCUGUCGUACGAUACGCGUACAAGGCCAAGGGAAUCACUUUGUCCCAGUUGGUUUGCUCCUUAUUGAGAUACGGACGUAUCCAAUCCUUCGUGUACGGUUGAAGCGUUCGAUCAGCCCAUUGGCCUGCGGAUGCCUUGCUGAUGUUGUUGUGUGCUUGAUGUGCAGCUUGGCCGUCACUUCGCGCAUCACAUCAUUGACGAAGUGCGAGCCAUUAUCAGUGAUUAUCUCACCGAUCUUCCCGUGCCUCGCUAUCAUAUCCAUGAGCGCUUCGAUUACGUCCUCGCCAGUCGGGCCGGUGCCAGGAGCCUUCGAAAACGUGAAGACUUCUGGCCACUUGGUAAAGGUAUCUUGGACGGUGAACGCAAACGACUUCUCGUCCAGAGAGAUCGGCAGGGCACCGAUGAAAUCCAUCGUCACUUUUUGGAAUGGCCUUUCGGCCGAUGCUGUCUGGAUGCUUGCUCUCUUGCUUGCCAACAGCUUCCAUUUGCUUUGACACUUCUGACAUGCCUCUGUAUGCUUCCGAAGGUCCGUAUACAUACCAGGCCAAUAGUAUUGUUGCGCCAUUCGUUUGUAUGCUCUCUCGACUGCCAGGUGGCCGCCGAAGAUGUGCUCAUGAUGCAGCGUCAGCGCCUCCUUUCUCAGUGACGUGGGCACGAGCAGGACUGGACCAUGCUCUUGGCGUCUCGACACGAUCGAUACAAGCCCAUUAUGUAAGCACACGUCGGCGAGCCUUGGCCAGUAUGCUCUGGGAAUGGCAUCGCGCAGCUGAUCGAGCUCUACGUUGGCUGCUUCUCUCUCCUGUGCCCUCAGGUAUGCCUUGACGCGCGAGACCUCGGCACAUUGGUCUUGGGCCUUCUUGAUCUCAUCGAGAUAGAACAGCUGACUGACAGGCAUGGACCUUAG